AUGGAUAAUAACAACAAGACAAUCCUAGUGACAGGAAGUACGGGUCUAGUUGGAAGUGCUAUAAAAUAUGUCGUAGAAAAUGGAGAUAGUUAUACGAAUGAAAAAUGGAUAUUUGUUUCCUCUAAGGACGCUGACUUAUGUGAUAAAUCACAGGCAAAAGAAUUGUUCGAAAAGUAUCAACCUACCCAUGUGAUUCACUUGGCUGCUGUUGUAGGUGGCCUAUUCCACAAUCUUGGAUAUAGUACUGAUAUCUUCAGAAAAAACGUUGUUAUAAAUGACAAUGUGCUCGGAUGUUGUCACACGUUUGAUGUGAAGAAAGUGGUGUCGUGUUUAUCAACCUGUGUAUUCCCGGACACGAUCAAAUAUCCAUUUGACGAAACAAUGAUUCACAAUGGCCCACCUCAUGAUAGUAAUUUUGGUUAUGCUUAUGCAAAAAGAAUGAUCGAUGUAUUAAACAAGGCUUUCCAUCAGACCUAUGGCCAUUUGUUCACUGCUGUAAUUAGCACUAAUGCAUUUGGACCAAACGAUAACUUCAGUGUUAAAGAUGGCCAUGUUUUGCCAGGACUUAUACAUAAAACAUACAUGGCGAAAUGUCAAAACACAGAUUUAAUUAUCUACGGCACUGGAAAACCGUUACGACAAUUCAUUUAUUCACGUGAUUUGGCGACACUUAUUAUAUGGGCACUUAGAGAGUACAAGGAAAUGGAACCUAUUAUUUUAUCAGCGGGAGAGGAGGACGAAACAAGUAUAAUGGAGGCGGCCCGUGUUAUCAUUAAACAUAUGCAGUUUCAUGGAAAAGUCAAUUAUGACACAAGCAGGUCUGACGGUCAGUUUCGAAAAACAGCGUCAAAUGCCAAGCUUAGACGAUAUCUUCCAAAUUUUAAAUUCACUCCUUUUGAUGAAGCUAUCAGAGAAACAUGUGACUGGUUUGUUAAAAACUACGAAAACGCUAGAAAAUAG